GCUCGCAUCGAGCGCAUGGAGGAGGCGAAGAAAGAACGAGAGGAGUUCGAGAAGUUAGCCACAGAUUGCAAACGCAAAGUGACUGAUUGCCAAAAGAAAAUGAAGGCCCUGUCGAUGGUCGGGACAGACGAUGCCAAGAGAGACUUGGAGAAGCUACAGGAGGACCUGAAGCUGCUGAAGAAAGAGGAGAGGGAUUGGCAGAAGAAAGAGAAUGAUUUGCAGAAGAAGGAGAAAGCCAUGCCCUGGAACGUGGACACACUGAGCAAAGAGGGCUUCAGUAAGAGUGUCUUCAACAAAAAAGCAGAGACGAGUGAGAACGAAACCGAGGAGGAGAAGGAGAAGAAGCACAAGACGUUUGUGGAAAAAUAUGAGAAACCGAUCAAGCACCUGGGCAUGCUGAGACGCUGGGAUGACAGCCAGAAAUACCUCUCGGAUAAUCCGCACCUGGUGUGUGAGGAGACGGCGAACUACUUGGUGAUCUGGUGCAUCGACCUGGAGGUAGAGGAGAAACACUCGCUGAUGGAGCAGGUGGCUCACCAAACCAUUGUGAUGCAGUUUAUCCUGGAGUUAGCAAAGAGCUUGAAGGUGGACCCCAGGGCCUGCUUCCGACAGUUCUUCACCAAGAUCAAGACGGCGGAUAAACAGUACAUGGAUGCCUUCAACGAUGAGCUGGAAGCCUUUAAGGAUCGAGUGAAGGGCCGUGCACAGGCACGGAUAGAGAAGGCGAUGAAGGAGUAUGAAGAGGAGGAGAAGCAGAAACGUCUGGGGCCCGGGGGCCUGGACCCAGUGGAUGUGUACGAGAGUCUCCCUGAGGAGAUGCAGAAAUGUUUUGAUGCGAAGGACAUUCAGCAGCUGCAGGAAGUUAUCAGCAAAUUGGACCCAGCGGACGCCAAACACCACAUGCAGCGCUGCAUCGACUCUGGGCUCUGGAUCCCAAACGCCAAAUCAGCGGCGGAGGAAGAGGCGGAGGGGGAAGGGGGGCAGAAGGCGGGGGCGGAGGAGGCCCUGUACGAGGAGGUGAAGAAGGAAAUUGCCGAGGGGAAUUAAGAUCACUCCGUUUUCAUACGUGCUAGUAUUUACGAUCAGUGCUACGUUCAGUUAGACAGACUCCUGAACCACAGACACAGUUGGAAAUCACAUUCACAACCAAACAUUCAAUCAACACAUCCCAGCUACUGACCCCGAAGCCCAGAUUCCUGUCAAACCAGCUUUUUCUAUCCCGAGUUUAGGCUGAUCCUCUUCACUUCCGCCUCUGUGUCCUGUGGCUUCUGUGCGAGGGAUUAUUACCCCCGGAAAGCGAUCCGCAAAUCGACUAACAACCUGAGGCACACAGCCGCAUGCUGACUAGCGAGAGGCUGGGUCUGUAAUCCUCUUCACACCUCACCCGCCCUGACUCAGGACCAGCCUGUAUCUAUUGAGCCACGUGACCCAUAGUUUAAUCCAGGGUGGUCCAUUUUUCAUCUCCCCCCCAUUUUAUCUGCCCGCCCGCUCCUCCCUCCCUAGCCUGUAAAUGUUAUCUAUGUUUCUGGAAGGGAAUCACUAAAUUAUUACUUAUGUGGCCCCAGGCGUUUCUCAAAUAAGGUUUUCCCUUGGACUCUCUCCCCACCCGGUUAAAUCGCCGGCCAGGGCUGAGUUAGCUGAUCUGAACCACGGUGGUUAGUGUCGGUGAGGGAGGGCAGCACGGGAAGGGGGGACGGAUGGGGUUGCAAUUGGCAUUCACAUCCCAGCACUGAGGUGAGAGCAAAUCAACCAGGAAAUUUACUCGUUAGUCUGUAAACUUGGGCUCAGUGUCUCUCGUUCCCAGUGAGAGGCAUCACCCUUGACACGGGGGGAGUGAAAGGAGCAGGUGGUUCAUUAGCAAUCCCGUCAGAUGUGGAAUAUCCACAUCUGUUGGGAACUCCUCGGCCAGGGAUGGGGGGGGAGGAGAGGGUGUGUGGGCACAAAGAGGGGGUGCGGUGGGGGAGAGGGGCUGUGUGGGGGAGGAGAAGGGGUGCUGGGGGUGGGAGAGGAGAGAGGGAAACCCAGGUUUGCAAUUUUAUGAGAGUUUCAACAUCGAAAGCUUUGGAUUUGAAUCGUUUCCAAACCUUUUACAGGAGAGAAAGAGAGAAAAGGGUUUAAUGAGCAGAAGCUCGGAAUACCAAUGACAAACGGCCCAGGAAUGACUGACUUCAGGUUUCCGUUCUCUUGUCAGUAGCUGGCUUGUUUUCAUGCGUGUGUGGGGGUAAGGGGGGAGAGAGAGCACUGCAGUUCUGUAGACUGGAGAUUUUUUUUAGGCUAGGUUUGGUUUUCGUUACUAAGUUAAGGUUGAUUCGGGGAUCAGAACGGAGUAAGUUAGCUUUAAACGUUUGUUCUUUUGCUCUCUGUGGCGAUUCGUUAUGUCUCGCCAGCCUCCGCGCUAGUCACUCUGUACCAGUAUUUUAAUAAAAGUUGUGGAUUGCACAGACUGAA